UUCAUGUACCAGUACUUUUUACUCACACACCCACACACAUCCAACACCGCAAUACACACCAAUUACAGUCCAGAUCAAAAAUCCAAAAUGUGUGGCACGUGCGGAGGAAACAAUCAAUCGAAUAGUGUGACUGCAGCCUAUACAAACAAAGCUGUUACAUUCAGUGAAGUCGAAGCUGGUAAACUAAACGAAUGCUGCAAACCCAAAUCAACUCGACAUCCUGAUACCAAUGGACUUGCGAGCAGCCAUCAGUCUCAUGGAGACAGAGUCCCUUGCGUUGGAAGCUAUGAGCAGCAUCUGUUUGAAACACCCGAUGGAGAUAUUUGUGAAAACGGACCAAAGGAGCCUUACCAUGUGCCUGGUUACACUGGUCAUGUGCCAACAGUGCAGUCACGUAAUGGUCACACGUUUGGACAAGAUACUCAUGACGUCCUUGCCUCCAAACUUGGUCAGUCCUCGUUGUCUAGAAGGGGGUAUCACAUUUGUCCUGAGCCAAUGCAUCAGCCUUAUCGUAUUCCUGGGUACACAGGUUAUGUUCCCGGUUUGAAAUAUCAGGUUGGCGGAACAUACGGCAGUGACACACACAAGCUUAUGUACUCAGUGAACAGCUAUCCCAACCGACAGGAAAAUCUGAGUCCCUACAAGCUUAGCUAUGGAAGUCGUGGGAGUGAAACAUCAGCUAAUGACUCUGCAGCUGUUCCAACAAACGGUUAUACCCAUGAUGAGCCUAACGCGCAUAAUCUCAACAAUACUUUUAACGAGCUACCUCAUGGCGAUACAUUGACUUCUUCCACUUAUCAAAAGCCAAAAGAAAAAUACCUCAAACCACAGCUAAAGUAUCGUAUUGGUGAUACUUACGCUACUAGAGCUAAUCUCACAUUGGUGGAUUCUUGUAUUAAUAAGGAGAGUGAAGUCAUAGUUUCAACACGAGAAUUUGAUGACACCCAGGUGAUAAGGACUCAGGAUUGCUUGGAGGAAAGAGUAGAAGGAUUCCCCUAUGUGAAUAAACCUAUUAGACAUCGUCCGAUGGUUCCCGGCUUUGACACUUUUAUAGAUGCAUUGAGAGGAGCGCGAGGUCAGAGGUUCGAGUUCACUGCUCUAUCUCCAUCUCACUUACGACUACAACAACAGCUGGUUCGGGAGAGGGGGAUAGUUAGGGAGACUCAAGAAGCAACAUUUGGACUAGGAGGAAAUGAAACUACCCAAAAAACUCCAUCACCUGCUCGUAACUGUGAUGAACUUCCCUACGGGUACAGCAAAUAUGGAGGCCAUCAAAAAUAUACAAACUCAGUCAUACAUGACUUCUCAUCUAACUACCGUCGUCGUAUGAGUCCAGAAUGGGCACCUGCCGGGAUAUCCCGUCCAGACCCUCCCAUCUACGAUGUUCCGGGGGAGAUAUACAACAAACACAUGGGACUACUGCCCGGAUACACUGCACAUGUGCCCGGAUCCAUGUUUAGGUGCGGCAAAACAUUUACAGACGACUCUAGGGAUGCAAGAAAAGCUUUGCGGGGUGAUAGAUUUUAGUGAAAUACAUGAAUAAAUAAUGAAACAUUUUCCUCACUACUAUGUUUUCUUUCAUAUUAAUUUCACACCCAUUCACUCGAUAAGUUUUUCAUAGACGUACAU